UGCAAGUAGCGCAUAUUACAUAUUUCACAAAGACGAACGUUACGCAUAAUAGGAAAAACAAGAACGAUAUUUCGAUAUUAGUAUAGUUGUUUAAUUCUCUCUCGAUGUACAGUGUCUGUAGCUUCAGCUUUUAAAAGCUUUUAUUCCCGCACCGUCUAACUAUCAGAGAAUCUCCUUGGUGUUUGGAAUCUAGCUCUUUUGUUUUACUAGGUUGCAGCCCCUUAAAAUGAUGAACUACUCAGACUAUGAUUCUGACGACUACUCUUCAAAUGAAGAUGAAGACUAUGUUCCAUCUGACGACAAUUUGAGUGAAGAUGAUAUGAAUGAGUGUGUGCCAGAGGAUGGCUUGGAUGGGGAAGGCCAAGGUGAGCCGCAAAGUGAGGGCAUGAAAAAGAAGAAAAAGAAGGGCAAAGAUAUCACAGCAAGGAAAAGGAAGAAAGUUGGACUGAAGCUCGAAGGAGAAGAGGAAGAUGAGACAAAGGAACAGGAGGAAAGCGAGAAGGGGGCUGAAGAGGAGCCUACCGUAGAGCCUGAACCCAAGGAGGAGAAGAAGCAGAAGAAGGCAGAUGACCUGUGGGCAAGCUUCCUGAGUGAUGUUGGCCAGCGACCUAAAACCAGCACCACACCCACCUCAACUAGUACAUCUCAGAAGCUUGCAGUUACAGACAGUUCAGACAAGGAAGGCCUGUCCGAAAAUAAAAAGGAGGCACCCAAAGAAAAGGCUCCCUCUAAAAUCACAAUCACCAAAGUGUUCGACUUUGCUGGAGAGGAGGUGCGGGUGACCAAAGAGGUGGAGGCUGACUCCAAGGAGGCAAAGAGCUACCUGAUGGAAGAGGAGGGUUCCUCCCAGUCUGAGGCCACUUCUCAUGGUCCUGGACCCAGUGUGAAGCGGCCGGCUGGCGUGAGCGGCAUCCUGAACCGUAUCGGGGGGAAGAAGCAGAAGAUGAGCACGCUGGAAAAGUCGCGCCUGGACUGGGACACCUUCAAGGAUGAGGAGGGCAUCAGCGAUGAGCUGGCCAUCCACAACCGCGGCAAAGAGGGGUAUGUGGAAAGGAAGAACUUUCUGGAAAGAGUGGACCAGCGACAGUUCAAGCUGGAGCGAGACGUCCGUCUGACCAACAUGAAACGAUGACACAGCGAUGAGGACGACAUCAUCAACAGACUGCACACUAUGCGCGCACACACACAAACAUUACCAUUUGCUUCCAUUCUGCUUUUUCUUUUUGUUUGUUUGUUUUGUUUUUGUUGGUUCCACAAUCCACAGGCAUCCACUCAAUGUCCAUUUUACUGCUGGAUGUGAAUUUUACAGUGACCCUCUUGGUAUGAAGACAUCUGCCUUUGUUGUUCCUCUGAGUCUCUACAUAAGAAGUAAAUGCAGCAACCAUCUUGCACAGCAGGAACUGUUUGUCCACUAGUCAUUACCUGUACCGGAUGGAUCAACGGACGGACAUGAACUACAACCCAGCAGGAAGGAAAGGACAGAGUGUUCCUGGAGCUCUGAUUGGACGGUUAUUGAAGUGACGGUUAUUAUACCCUUUACUGUCCAGUGGGGGGACACUGGACUGGGUAAACACCCUUGAGGGUGAGAGGGAGAGAGGACAAGAGUGGGGGUAGUAAAGAUUUUAAGAGUUUAGAUCAGAUAUUAGAUAUACAAACCAUCACAGGAGAUGUUUGGUUUCACUUUCCAGGCUUUUUUGUUGCUCAGAUAUCUGAGUGAGAGAGAGAGAGAGAGAGAGAGUUCCAGCCCAUUCUGUGUGUGUCAACCCACUGUGUGUGUGUGUGUGUGUGUCAGCUGUCUGUGUAGCGGAGAAGUGACACAAAAACAAUGAGUGCGACUUGUGUUAUUAUUACAGUGUAACACCAUGUCUUGACUGAAGCCCUAAGUUGUACUUAAGUCUUUUUCAUGUGUAAUAACAGGGUGAAUGCUACAGCGCAAUCACCUCCCUCUCUGUUUCUCUCUUUCUUUUUCUCUCAGGAGUUUCUUUCUUUUUUAUUCUCAGUACAGGUUCUAGGGAAAUGAGCUCAGGCCUUUUGUGUCUGACUUGCACAUUUGUGUUCAAUUUUGUUUCAGUUGUCACUAAGAUUGUGUAAACAGCAUUUUCCCAAGUGUGACAUGGUAUUAAACAAAGUUUUACCAUCUUUUUUAAA